AUGCCUAAUUGCAUACUUAGAUAUUGCAAAAAUUAUUCUAAAAGAACAACGAAGUUUUCUGAUGGCGUAACUUUCCAUAAAUUUCCUCGUCCUGGUCACGAAAAAAGAGAGCAGUGGAUAAAAUUUGUUCAAAAUAACAGAAGCGAAGACACGUGGUUACCGUCAGAGCAUACGUGUAUUUGCUCUGUACACUUUCGUGAAGAAGAUUUUUAUUUAACAAAAACUGGACGAAGGUAUCUUAAGAAGUCUGCUGUACCAUUUGAAAAACUAAGUUCAGAAGAUAACCGAAAUACAUCACCUACUUCACUUUUAAACGUAGACGUUUCGGAUUCAGAAUCUAUAUUUGACACACCAAUACAAAUUGAAUUAAAAAAAGAACUGAGAAAAAAUAUAGCAGCUAAAAAAAAAUUAUUAGGAAUAAAUAAGAAAUUGAAAAGACAAUGCAGAUAUUUAAAAUUAAAAAAUCAACAAUUAACAGACAUAAUAAAGGAAUUAAAAUCUAAGUUAGUCAAAGUAGAAAGUGUUGCUGACAAUGAAAACCAACAAAUUCAAGAAGCUUCCGUCGUAGUAAAAGAGUAA